AUGGAGAAAGAAGAUGAUAUUGGGCGUAAUUUAUUAGACGAUAUGCCGCCCAUCAACUGUGAUCUCUUCGAAGGGCCAUAUGUUGGGAGUAAUGACAUUGGUGAUAUAACCUUCUGCCUAGGAAAUUAUGUACCUGACUUUAUGAAGAUGUUAUUUACAAUGCGAUCGCAUCACAUGCUUACAGAUGUAGUUUUAGAAGUCGGAAAAGAGUUGUUUCACGUCCACAAAGUUGUCUUGGCCGCUGGAAGCCCAUAUUUUAAGGCUAUGUUUACAAGCGGGCUUAAAGAGAGUGAAAUGUCGCGCGUGCGUUUACAGGGAGUCUGUCCGUCCGCGAUGGCGUGGCUUGUAUACUUUAUGUACACCGGUAAAGUUCGCAUAACGGAAGUCACCGUGUGCCAACUGCUCCCGGCUGCUACGAUGUUCCAGAUAUCAAACGUUAUAGACGCAUGCUGUGCGUUUCUCGAAAGGCAGCUGGACCCCUCGAACGCUAUCGGAAUCGCUAACUUUGCAGAACAACACGGCUGCGUGGAACUCAAACAGAAAGCCAACCAGUUUAUAGAGAGACAUUUCACACAAGUAUGCAAAGAAGAAGAAUUUUUACAGUUAACAGCCCAAGAACUAAUAUGUUUAAUACGAAAAGAUGAACUUAACGUUCGGGAAGAAAGGGAAGUUUACAAUGCAGUUUUGAGUUGGGUAAAAUUUGACGAAGACCGAAGGUAUCCCUUAAUGGAACACAUAUUGCAAGCAGUUCGCUGUCAAUACUUGACACCUAGCUUCCUCAAAGAACAAAUGAGCACGUGUUCUGUACUGAAAAAAGUUCCUGCUUGUAGAGAGUAUCUCGCUAAAAUAUUUAAGGAUCUGACGCUUCACAAAAAACCAGUUGUAAAAGAACGGAGACCCAACACGCCGCGAAUUAUCUACGUUGCGGGUGGAUACUUUAGGCAUUCUAUUGACGUAUUUGAAGCUUAUAACAUAGAUGAUAAUUGCUGGACUACACUGCCUAGACUGACUGUGCCAAGAUCUGGAUUAGGAGCAGCUUUUCUCAAGGGUCUAUUUUACGCGGUGGGCGGGCGCAACACGUCGCCGGGCUCGUCGUACGACAGCGACUGGGUCGACGUCUACAGCCCCGCCGCGGAGCACUGGCGCCCCUGCAGCCCUAUGUCCACGCCUCGACACAGGGUGGGUGUCGCGGUGAUGGAUGGCUUGCUGUACGCAGUGGGUGGAUCUGCGGGCUCAGAGUAUCAUAAAACUGUUGAAUGCUACGACCCCGAGAAGGACGCGUGGACGUACGUGGCGUCGAUGGGGCGCGCGCGGCUGGGCGUGGGCGUGGCCGUGGUCAACCGCCUGCUGUACGCCGCCGGCGGCUUCGACGGCGCGCGCCGCUCCGUCUCCGUCGAGUGCUACCACCCGGAGAACAACCGCUGGACCGAGGUCGCCUCCAUGCAUUAUGCGAGGAGUGGCGCGGGCGUAGUAGCAUGGAACCAAUACAUCUACGUGGUGGGCGGGUACGACGGCGCGGCGCAGCUGGCGUCCGUGGAGCGCUACGACACGGAGCGCGACGCGUGGGAGGAGGUGGCGCCCAUGCGCGCCGCACGCUCCGCGCUCUCGCUCGCCGUGCUCGACAACAAGCUGUAUGCUAUGGGUGGAUACGACGGCACGGCCUUCCUAGACGUGGUGGAGAUAUACGAUCCGGCGACCAACACGUGGAAGCCCGGGACUCCCCUCACGUCCGUGCGCUCGGGACACGCCUCUGCAGUCUGCUACCAGCACAUAGCGCCUUGUAUGGACGCAGACAGUCUCGCGCGCCCCGUCCCGCCCGUCCCGACCCCCUCCACCUCCAACCCGCCCCUUCUCAACGACGUCCCCAUGGCCGCCAACAUUAUAAACACAAUAUCUAACGCCCAAAGACAUUUA